ACUAGAGGAACUAGUAUAAAUAAAGUUGUUAGAGGAAGGGCCUCUUAGGUCUUUGCCGAAAAUUACUUAAACCUUGAUGUCAUGCGAGGAAGGUAGAGCCGCCGUCGGUGGUCCUAAGUAUCAAACUCCAAUGGUAUAAGAAUACACCACGACAAAGGUUCUUUUCUUAUUUCUUAUUGAAAGGAGACUUCUAGAGAGAGAAAAGAAUAGGUAAGAGAUGCCACUUCAAAACUUGUGCUAAAAUCUAUAUACGUUUGACUAUCUUUUCUAUAUAUAAUAUGAUAUGAUUAUAAGACUAGUAUAUGGUGGUACAGUAAUUAUUUGUGAAGCACCCACAAGCUAUAAUAUGAUUGAAUGAUUGAUUCAUCAUAAUAUCUCACACGCAGGAGAAGAUUGUUAGUGGUCGGAAAGAUCAUCGGCGGCCGGUCAGGACGUACUUUUAUAUGAUGACUUCCGUCGUGAAAAAUUGCCGAAGAGGGGCUUUGUCGUCAUUUACACAGCUAUAUCCAUGCAAGCUUUUCUUAUGCUCACUUUUUGUCAUCGUCUUCUUGUUCUCCAGCUUUGCUUUCUCCCCUAGCCGCCUCUUCUCUCUAGGGUACUAUUCUCCACGACUGGUGACGACUUGGAGUGAUGCAUCUGCAGCGUUGGCAGUGCUCUCCGGCAACUCGUCUGAUUUUUCAAAGGUCUCAAUUCAAGAAACCGUCAUAACCCCGGACGAGGCACUGCUUUUCCUAGAAUACCCCCGGUUAACGAGGCUGUUUACCAGAGGAGAGCUUGACUGCGUUUACUUUUCACCAGCGGGCUACACUUCAUCACCAGCUCCACCCAAGUCAGUUGAUGAUGAGCACUCCGGCCGCCAGAUUAUACGGUGCGAACUUCCGCCACAUGGCUCUUCGGUGUCCCUUGCCGUGAAGAUGGAGCCGCACCAUCACUACCUCCCAGC